AUGAGUACAACGGGAUUGAAAUUGAUUAAAAAGCAGAAUCCAUAUCCUCAAGGUAUGAGAUGCCAAAAAUGUUUGGAAAUGGGUCAUUGGAGCUACGAAUGCAAAGGGAAAAGAAAAUAUCUUCAUCGAUCUUCUCGAACAGUUCAGCUGAAAAAGGCAUUGAAAACAUUAGAAACAGAAAAGCCAAUAUCUUCAGCCAUUUCUGAAAAUAAAGUGGCAAUACCAAAGAAAAAAAAGAAGAAAGAAAUAUCAAGCAACUCUAGUAGUUCGGAUUCUUCGAGUAGUGAUAACAAAAGCAGUUCUUCAGACUCUUCAUCUUCGGAUAGUGAUUCUAGUAGCUCUAGUGACAGCUCUGGUAGUAGUAGUAAUAGUAGUAAUAGCAAUAGCAGCAGUAGUAGUCACACGAGUAGUAGUGAAUCAGAUCACAAAAAGAAAAAACGUAGGAAAAAAAAAUGAACAUAGAAAAUUUUUUAAUUUAUUAUCUUAAAAAACGUAAUUGAUUUUUUAUUACAGUGUUGACAUUUGUUGAAAGAUUUACAAGCUAUUCAAUAACUAAAAACAUAUUCAUUGAAAAGGAUUUUUUCAUAUAUUUCUGAUAGUAUUGUGAACGUAAACUGCUUGUAUUAAUCAAUUUCUAUACAUUUUCCGAAUAUAUAUUUUUGUAACAUGUUAAAGACAAUCAUUCAACUAUC